AGGUCUCCCCUCAUUAAGAUGCCUAACGUGGGGCUGGUGGGCUAAGUCCAGAAAGUUCAAGAGACCUUGGGAUCCAGGCCCGGAUGUGCCAGCAGACAGAGCAGGCCUCUGCCCCCCUGACACUCUGACACUGCAUUCCCAGCCAGGCCCUCCUGUGGCGGGUGCCGGGUGCCGGGAGAACUGGGGAGCCGGGUGGGCAGGCGGGUCAGGGAGGGGUACGCAGGGUUCUCCCGAGGCUGAAGAGGAGCUGGCCGAGUUCCACACACCGGGCCCUCAGGAACAGGUGACCCGGCCACCCACCCAUGAGAAGUGGGGCUCAGGGGCCCCAUGCACCCCACCCCUCAGACAGCACACGGGGGAAAGGGAUAGAAAACGUGGGGCUCCUCCCUCCGCCCUCGCACCCCCCCAGAGCCUCAGACAGACGGGUCGCCAUGCUCUCCCUGUGGUGCUGACUCCAUCCCCCAGGCCUGAGAGGGGGCCUUCCGGGUCACCAGGGUCCAGCGAGGGCCCUCACACGCCCUGUAGGGACGUGGCUGCAGAGUGGGGAGCCAGCCCCAGCCGCAGGUUAGCACCCAGUCCCUGCUUUUGGUUUUGCUUCCUGCUGGAGUGCAGAGAGCCUGUGACGCCUGCCCACCCCCAGCUGGACCCAGGAGGUGUCCCCAGUGGCCCCCGAGGCAAUGCCGAGCAUGGAACAGGGUCGGGGUCGGCAGGUACCGCAGGCUUCCGAGGGCUCACGUCUGCAGAGGGUGACGGCCCGCCGGUCGCAGGCUCUCCGGGGCCUGUCUGCUUGUUCCCUCCAGGCUCAGCCCCGGGCUCGACCUCCAGCCAAAGCAUGGAUGGCCUCGAGGUGGCUUCCCCAGGCCUGACGGCCAACUCCUCCCUGGCCCCCCCGGAGCACUGUGGCCAAGAGACGCCCCUGGAGAACGUCCUCUUUGCCUCCUUCUACCUCCUGGAUUUCAUCCUGGCUUUUGUUGGCAACUCCCUGGCCCUGUGGCUCUUCGUCCGGGACCACAAGUCCGGCACCCCUGCCAACGUGUUCCUGAUGCACCUGGCCGUGGCUGACCUGUCCUGCGUGCUGGUCCUGCCCACCCGCCUCGUCUACCACUUCUCGGGGAGCCACUGGCCGUUUGGGGAGAUCCCGUGCCGGCUCACCGGCUUCCUCUUCUACCUCAACAUGUACGCCAGCAUCUACUUUCUCACCUGCAUCAGCGCGGACCGCUUCCUGGCCAUCGUGCACCCCGUCAAGUCCCUCAAGCUCCGCAGGCCCCUCCACGCCCACCUGGCCUGCGCCUUCCUCUGGGUGAUGGUGGCCGUGGCCAUGGCCCCGCUGCUGGUGAGCCCACAGACGGUGCGGACCAACCGCACGGUGGUCUGCCUGCAGCUGUACCGGGAGAAGGCCUCCCAGCACGCCUUCGCGUCUCUGGCCGUGGCCUUCACCUUCCCGUUCGUCACCACGGUCACCUGCUACCUGCUCAUCAUCCGCAGCCUGCGGCAGGGCCCGCGCGUGGAGCGGCGCCUCAAGAACAAGGCGGUGCGCAUGAUCGCCGCGGUGCUGGCCAUCUUCCUGGUCUGCUUCGUGCCCUACCACGUCCACCGCUCCGUCUACGUGCUGCGUUACCGCGGCCACCGCACCUCGUGCGCCGCCCAGCGCGCGCUGGCGCUCGGCAACCGCGUCACGUCCUGCCUCAGCAGCCUCAACGGCGCUCUCGACCCCGUCCUGUACUUCUUCGUGGCCGAGAAGUUCCGAGACGCCCUGUGCAGCCUGCUGUGCGGCAAGAGGCUCGCGGGGCCGCCCCCCAGCGCCGACGGGAAGACCAACGAGAGCUCGCUGAGCGCCAGGUCGGAGCUGUGAGCCGGCGGCCACCGCCUCCUCCCCAAGGGCCACCCCUCAGACCCACCCCCGAGGAGGAGCCCGCCUCCGCCCCAAGCGGCCCCCGAGGAAACAAACUGCAGCCUCAGCGGGCCACCGCCACCUGCUCCGAGGCCCGAACGCAUCACCCGGCGCUGAGUUCUGUCUUCUCUGCCACGCAAAUCCCUGAACAGGGAGAACAGAAGGGACCAGACGGCCACCCCCCUGCGGAGACUGGCCCUGCUCACUCACAGCUACAAGACACUCAGCAGCUUCACCCCCUGCUGCGGGGGCAAGGAGGCCGGAAACAUUCCUGCACAAUGAGCGUCUUUCUUUCCCGAGUGCCGCCUGCCUGCGAGGUUCCCGGCCUCCUUCCCCCGACAGAGACAGAAACGCGCGGCGGUGAAGCUUUGCAGAGAGGACGCGGGAGACAGCUGCAAACGGCCCACCGGAAGAGGGGGCACUGGAAGCUGGGGGGCGGGGGGGGGUCUAAAGGUUUUCUCUCAAGUGCAAGGUGCUUUGAGGUCCCUUUGUGGCACCUUUGCCAAAGGACUCUGCGUUUAGGGGACACAAGCUAUAAAUUAGAACCCAACACUGUAGGCACAUUUCAGGGUGGUCACCAGGUGACAGCCAGCAACACGGGCGGGGCCUGUGAGGCACGUCAGCUCUCCAUCCCUCCUGCCAGACACCCACACACAGACCUGCAUGUGCCCGACAAUCCCCAGGGCUUCUCGGCAGCUGCCCAGUGCCUCCCGAGUCCCGGUGGAACACACGCUAUGGGUGGACGGUCACAGGGAGCUGAGCUUUGUCACCGCCGGGCGGCGGGGAGGGCAAGGCCCGGCCUGUGAACCCGGCUCCCACUAACCCAGACCCAGCAGGGGCAGAGCCCCACUCCUUCCCAAGAGGCUUCCACCAGUCCCGGCGGGCCAAGCUUUGAGCUGUUUUGCUCAUAGGGUGGCCUGUAUCGCCCUCACCGGUCCUUUUUUGUACUUGAUUAUACUGAUCAUAAACAUAACCGUACUUUAAUAACUGAAGGUUAUUCUGUUUGAUUAACACAACUCCCUCCCCAGAACUUUUCUUCCCUCUGACCCAAGAACGGCAAAGCGGAGGCAAAGGCAGCAGUGUGGACUGUGGGUCUGGGGGCCCUACGGUGGGCCUGCCCCGCGCAGACUCUGAAGUUCUGCCCCGUGGGCUUCAGAGCGCCGACCUGGGCUGGAGGGUGCGCGUAGGGGCCCCGCGCUCCUUGCAUCACAGCGAUACUUUACUUUCCUGAGCACGUCCAGCCUCUUCCGGAUUUUUCCAGCAGAGCACCGGAGCAGGGGUCCCAGCAUGAGCUGCGGCUCAGGCGCACACCCGGCAGGUGACCCCACAGACCAGCAUGGGACCCCCCCCCGCCCCGCUGCACUGUCUGCUCCCCGAUGGUCUCUCAGAUCCGCACCCACCACCCGGGCUGAUACCGAGUGCUCUGCAGACACCAAGACGGACAACACGCGUCUCUGGUGGGGCAGGCAGAUGGGCGAGAUCGCUACGGCAGCGUCAGGAAGGGGAGCUCAACCGGCACCAGAGAAUGUGACAAGUGCCCGGACAGGGGAGGGCAUGGGAGGCAGACCGCUAGGGCGCUGCUAACGAGGCCGGCCUGCUCUUCCCCGAGGCCUGACUGUCGGCAGAGGGGAAACUCGCAGUCGCUUGGUUGGUUGGGCUCUGUGGCACUUGGGGUGCCUUCUGGACACCACGUGGAGCUGGCAUGUGGGCAGUGGGGUAUGCGGGGAGAGGUCUGGGGGGGAGGCGGACAUCUGCAUCGCCCAGCACACACUCACCAUGUGAGGCAGCCGGACUUUGGGCCCAGGGCAGAGCCCCAGGGGAGCCCAACAUGGAGAGACGGGCGGAGGAAAGUGAGCCAGGAGAGGAGAGGGCCAGCGCAGCUGUGAAGUAGGAGGAGACUCCCAGAACACGGGGGCCUGGGUGCCCAGAGAGGAGCAGGAGCUGCCGCAAAGGCCGCGGGGACACCGCCCAGCCUGGGCGGCGGGGAGCAGACGGGAGGACCCGGCUGGAGGGCUGGGGAGGGCUACAGGGAAUCGCUGUGGAAAGAAGGCUCAGAGGGUGCUUUGAACCCUGGGGGCCACCGAGCCUGAGCCGUUAGAAAGGGAGAGAGAGCGGACCAGAGCCACGAGCCCCCGCUGGAGAGGGUGUGUGGAGUGAGCAGGGCUUUGGGGUGCAGGGACACGGCCCCCACUCUGACAAGGCAGUGGGGCGGCACAGAUGCCGGGCGGCAGGGGUGCCCAUCCCUCGGGGAGGGGGACGGGAGGUCCUGGCUGUGGGCGUGAGGGUGCAGGGACAGUGCGGGGUGGGGGGUGGGUAGGAGGGGAGGAGAAAAGAGCAAGUCUUCGUGGAAGGUGACAGCUUAGCCUGCUGAGGAAACCUGGGCCUCAGCUGAGUGCCGUCCCUCCAGCAGCGCUCGUGGGGCGUGAGGACGGAGGUGGACGGCUGGGGUCAGCACUGAGGGUGGCCAGGCAGGCAGGACCUUGACUCAAAGCUCCUCAUCCGUGAGGAUGACCCACGCACCCGCUUGGGCCGCCUGUACGCUGUCAGCCUUCUCCCAGGAAGAGCCCCGAGCCUGGGUGGCCCCCGACUCACCGUCCCUCCCUCUCUCCAGGCUCCGUCCUCACCCGUAGUCUGGACAGGGCUCUCCUGUCUGCCUCGCGGGGACAGGGCCGCACGGCAGCCCCACCCGCAGCCUGCAGCGCCUGGACCGGGCCUGGGCCUGUGACGAGGG